UUAGGUCCGUGAGGCAACUCGCAUGCGCCCCUUUCAUUCUCAGUCCAUUGCUCGGCAUUCCGUGUUUUAUUUUACAUCUUGUGUACAUCGAAGCUUUGUACGCAAGGCCUACUGCAAGAUGACGAACAGUCCGCUAAGUAUGUCUCGAUUAACUGGCGUUUAAGGUCGAGAGGAGUAAGUAGACAUCCAAACCCGUUGGCUCACUGUGUUUGUCCAUUCACACGGCACCGGAUUUGGUAGUCAGUAAAUUAAUUUGCCUUCACCCAAUUGGCUUUUCUUUCGCUCCGAUUGAACUUCCAAGCGGUUCCGACCCGAUCGAGGCGAGAGGUUUUCCGGGCGGGGAGUCAUGGAAGAAAUAGGAUAACGUCCCUUUAAAAUUCCGUGACCUGGCAAAAAAUCAAUAUUUGCAUUCGAGGAAAUGACGGGGAUCUUUCUCAUCUGGACAGGCCGUAAGAAGCAGACGAGAUAAGUCCCUUAGAGACUGAGACGUUUUUAGGACAGACCCGCGUGUUAUUGGGGUCAAUCAAUAAAUGUCUGAGCCGGAAUAAACAAUAUUCCUCCUUGUGGCAAAACUCGGGAAACACGGGGGGCGAAGUGAGACGACUGUUUUGACGGGGCUGAGGAUAGGGAGACCUUGUCGCACGUUCCGGGGAUGGAAGGCCUCCUUCCGGAAGGGAGUAGAAGUCUCGUCGUCCCUCUCCGCCCGCAGCAAGUCGCCUGAAGAUGUUCGAAGAAGACAUCCGAUGGACCAGGGGACCCGGAAGCACCGGGGGUUCCCUCUGCCACAGGCCGAGGACACGGCAUGUGAACCGGCCUGCAGAAGCGGAAGAUGCUGUGGGGAGGAGCAGCUCGCACAGUGGACUCUACUAUUCGCCACCUGGGACAUCAUAUACAAUAGUAGAGCACAAGAAACGACCUAUAUCUCCCGAACAGGUUCUGAGGAUGUUGGGGUCAGGGAGGACGGGAGCUUCGCGGGAACGUGGGGUCCAUCGAGAAGUGCCUCCACCACCACCACCUCCACCGCCACAGUCAUUGCUGGACCCCCAUGUCAGAACUAUCAACAUGAACCGAGGCCCUCCAGAAGCCGGGGGACACGGCUUUGGGAUUUGUGUCAAGGGCGGUUCCAGAGAUUCUGGUCAAAAAUUUACAGAUACAAAAGGAGUUUAUAUAUCUCGCGUGGAAGAGGGUAGUGUAGCUGAAAGAGCAGGUCUGAGGCCAGGAGACACAAUAUUGCAGGUCAAUGGAACACCGUUUACCAACAUAUCCCACGAAGAUGCGCUCAAAGUACUGAAAUCUUGCAGGGAGCUGAGUAUAACUGUCCGAAGCACGACUCCAUACGUACCGACGCCUGUAGUCCAACCGAUGCAAGGCCCUUCCAUACAAACGUAUUCUUGGGUCGACAGAAAAGGAAGACCUGUGUCUCCUCCUCCUAGAUUUAGGCAAUACCAUAGAGAUAAACUGAGAAAGGUGGAAAUAGUAGUCGAUCCUGGGCAAAGCUUGGGACUUAUGAUACGGGGAGGGAUAGAGUACAAUUUAGGGAUUUUUGUGACCGGGGUGGACAAAGACUCAGUGGCCGAGCGGGCUGGACUUCUGAUUGGAGAUCAAAUCCUGGAGGUAAAUGGGCAAUCGUUCUUAGAAGUGACCCACGAUGAGGCUGUGUCUCAGCUUAAAUGCUAUAAAAGGAUGAUCCUGAAAGUGUGUGAUGUCGGCAAGAUACCACACUCUUGCUCAACCCUGGACAUGCACUGGCCAGACACCCCUCACAGAUUUACGAAAUUCUCCAGGUGCUGUGUGGCGGCAUUACAAAUGGUCGAUGAAAAAGCUAGAGUAGUUCUGAACAAAAAUGAAUUCAAUACCUUAACAUAUUAUCUAGAUGAAUAUUCUGCUAAGCAAAUGACGAUAGAAGCCUUUGUUGCCGUUUUACUAGAACUACUUAAUACGCCUGAUAAGCACACGCUGUUUACAGAGUUGAGAGAGUUGGUCGCUAUGGAAGAUAGAGCAAGGUUCGAUGAACUUGUGUACCGCAGGGAACAAUAUUCAUCUCGGAGAGGUGGUCCGUGCUGUGAUAAUACUCAUGAUAUGAUAAUGUCAAGUCUCCACCAUAUGCCAACACCGCUUGAUUGCGAUGGGUGGAGGGGUAACACUGAAGAUUUGAGAACACCUUCUGAGGACUCAGGAGUGGGUCUCGGCCCUUUAGACUCACAGAACAGCCGUUCUAUUAGGAACGAUCGUGUGUCCCCGAGUUUCAAAUCUUCAACCCAACACAUCAGCAACAAAGAGCAGGAUACUGGAGGUUCUCAGGGUCAUGAUAAUAAUAACUAUGAUGCCAAUAUGUGUGGAUACUUAGGCGGUCUCAAGUCUCAGCUAGGAGGUUGGACGCAGAGAGUGAAGUCCUGGUAUUGGGGCAACCCUUUAGUAGAUUUUGGCAGAUCUGGUGAUGACCAGCUGAACUCACAGGAGCGAGAUGAUUCCUCUAAUUUAGUGCAUUCUCAAAAUGACCAACAGCAAGCACAGGUAAUCCCCGAUGAAGCUGGAAAUCUGAGGAUAAUUGUUAAGAAAACAAAACCCCUACUGGGAAUUGCUAUCGAAGGAGGUGCAAAUACAAGGCACCCCUUGCCGAGAAUAAUCAAUAUAAAUGAAAAUGGUGCAGCAUAUGAUGCUGGAGGUCUGCAAGUCGGACAACUUAUUUUGGAAGUUGAUGGGCAUAAAGUAGAGGGGAUGCAUCACCAAGAGGUAGCAAGACUUAUUGCAGAAUCGUUUGCUCAACGAGACAAACCACACAUAGAGUUCCUCGUCGUUGAAGCGAAAAAAUCCAACUUGGAGCCAAAGCCUACAGCUCUAAUCUUCCUUGAGGCAUAAAACCAACCUCAUCUUAUCAGAAUUGUGUGGCCUUUUUAAUUUUAUUUUCGUUUCAAAGUAUUUAUACACUUGAAAUUGUGCAAGGAGGUUAAAGUUGAAUAAAUCUUCUGCGUGCAUUGUUAAUUUGUAAGAUGUUGAAUUGUUAUAUUUUUACUGUUCUGUAUAUUGUAUGUUAUAUUUUGUACUGAUAAACUUAAGGGAAAGAAUGAUGGUAAAAAUAAUGGUGGCUCAAAUAUAAAGGGAAAGACCAUACUGGAAACACCAUUUAAUGGUUUUAAGAAUGACAACAAAGUGAAUCCAGAAUUUAGGUACAGUGAGAAGCAUUUAUAUUGCAAAAAUCCUAUAAUCUAUUUUUGAAGAUAAUUAUUCUUUUCUACUGUAAUAAUUUUAUAAAAAUGGUGUUUCAAGGAUACUACAUUAUAGAAACAAUGUAUAAUAAAAUUAAUAAUAAAACAUGGGUUUUCGUAAUUUUUUUUUUUUUAAUACAAAUUUAUACUUUGAGAGUACUGAGGAAAAAGAAAAUUCUUUAAUUAUUAGAAAUAAUAUCUAGAGGCUUCUCAUCUAGAACUACUUUGCCAAGUAAAGACAUUUUUUGACAAAUUUACAUUUCAGAUAGAUAAAAAUUUAAUCUCAUAACACAAACUUUGUAAUCACAUCAACUUUGUAUAACACAAAUAACAAUAUAUAAAGUAAUGUACACUAUUUACAGGGUCAAACGUUUUGAAUCAUAGUGGUUACAAGUAAGUCAGUAUAUUCAAAGUAUAAAAACUGGCUGUAAUUUUUCUUUUACAAUUAGAUGUUUGAAGCCUGCUUUUCUUUAAAUCUGAAUUUUGUAUAAAUGGAAACCCAACAGCAUAUCAUUGCCUUAUUGCCUCUGUAAAAAAAGAAACUUGUCCAGCGGCCUCCAUUUAGGUGAAUAUUAGUCAAAAUUCAUUUAUUUAUCUAGGUAUUACGAUUAUUCUUCAGGGACUAAAAGUACAAUUCUGACACCACAGUAUGUUUAAAUGAGGGCUCAGGCAGACCGCUGGAGAUUUUUCAUAAAUCAUUAAGCCUUUCAAGUACAACUUAUGUCAUGGAAUGAAAUUUUUUAUUCGUACUAGUUCAGAUGGAAGUUUCCUCUCUUUGGAUAAGUACCAAUGACUAAGUCUACGUCUUGACUAAAAAUAUAUUUUUUAAUACAAACGAUUCACGUUUUAAAAAUUUAAACAAAUCUAAAGUUGAAACACAUUUUAAAAGACUCCUUGUCACGUUUAUAUAAAUAGGCUAUUUCAUACCUUGCCACAUGAGAAAAAAAAA